UAUUUUUAUGGCCGAUAUAAGAGUCAGAUUCCCAGAGAUCUGUGAUUUGCAGAAGACGAGAAAACUUAUAACGGUGUGAAAGAAAGAUGAAGACUCUUCUUCUCCUCCCGUUGUUCAUCUCACUGAUCCUUGCGACCCGUACUUUAAAAAAAAAACAAGAACAUGGCGAUCAUCAAAAUCAAGGACAGGGCAGUCAACAAAAUCAAGGACAGGGCAGUCAACAAAAUCAAGGACAGGGCAGUCAACAAAAUCAAGAACAUGGCAAUCAUCAAAAUCAAGGACAGGGCAAUCAACAAGAUCAAGGACAGGGCAAUCAUCAAAAUAUAGGACAGGGCAGUCAACAAAAUCAAGAACAUGGCAAUCAUCAAAAUCAAGGACAGGGCAAUCAUCAAAAUCAAGGACAGGGCAAUCACCGAAAUCAAGGACAGGGCUAUCAUCAAAAUCGAGGACAGUUCAAUCAACAAGAUCAAGGACAGAGUAAUCAACAAAACCAAGGACAGGGCUAUCAUCAAAAUCAAGGACAGGGCAAUCAACAAGAUCAAGGACAGGGCUAUCAUCAAAAUCAAGGACAGGGCAAUCAACAAGAUCAAGGACAGGGCUAUCAUCAAAAUCAAGGACAGGGCAAUCAACAAGAUCAAGGACAGGGCUAUCAUCAAAAUCAAGGACAGGGCAAUCAACAUAAUCAAGGACAGGGCAAUCAACGAAAUCAAGGACCGGGCAAUCAACGAAAUCAAGGACAGGGCAAUCAACAAGAUCAAGAACAGGACAAUCAUCAAAAUACUGGACAUGACAGUCAACAAAAUCAAGGACAGGGCCAUCAUCAAAAUCAAGGACAGGGCAAUCAACAAAAUCAAGGACAGGGCUAUCAUCAAAAUCAAGGACAGGACAAUCAACAAAAUCAAGGACAGGGCAAUCAUCAAAAUAUAGGACAGGGCAAUCAUCGAAAUCAAGGACAGGGUGGUCAACAAAAUCAAGGACAGGGCAAUCAUCACAAUCAAGGACAGGGCGAUCAACAAAAUCAAGGACAGGGCAAUCAUCAAAAUCAAGGACAGGGGAAUCAUCAAAAUCAAGGACAGGGCUAUCAUCAAAAUCGAGGACAGUUCAAUCAACAAGAUCAAGAACAGGACAAUCAUAAAAAUACAGGACAGGACAAUCAACAAAAUCAAGGACAAGGCGAUCAUCAAAAUCAAGAACAGGGCCAUCAUCAAAAUCAAGGACAGGACAAUCAACAAAAUCAAGGACAGGGCAAUCAACGAAAUCAAGGGCAAGGCAAUCAACAAAAUCAAGGACAGAGCAAUCAACAAAAUCAAGGACAGGGAAAUUAUCAAAAUCAAGGACAGGGCAAUCAUCAAAAUCAAGGACAGGGCGAUCAUCAAAAUCAAGGACAGGGCAAUCAUCAAAAUCAAGGACAGGGCAAUCAACAAAAUCAAGGACAGGGCAAUCAUCAAAAUCAAGGACAGGGCGAUCAUCAAGAUCAAGGACAGGGCAAUCAACAAAAUCAAGGACAGGGCAAUCAUCAAAAUCAAGGACAGGGUGAUCAACAAAAUCAAGGACAGGGCAAUCAUCAAAAUCAAGGACAGGGCGAUCAUCAAAAUCAAGGACAGGGCAAUCAACAAAAUCAAGGACAGGGCAAUCAUCAAUGGCAAGAGUCAGUUUCUCAAUCUCAAAUGCACUUUGCUGUAAGGAUUUAUCAGCAGAUUUCAUCACCAACAGAAAGACCCCAACCCAACCUAAUUAUUUCACCGAUCAGCAUCUACACAACCCUCUCCAUAGUGGCUCUUGGUUCCCAUGGUAAGACGCAAGAGGAAAUCCUCCACACCUUAGGCCUGGGUGACCCCAAGGCAGACAUGGGGCUGCAUGAGGGCAAUAGAAAGAUUCUUCAGGAACUACGGCAGCAAAGCAAAGAUAUGGAUUUCAAGCUUGGUAAUGAGAUCUUCCUAAAAAAGGGCGGAGCUAAUUUACCGCAAUUCCAACGAGAUUUGGCUGACUACUACGACGCCGCCACGCAAACCAUCAGCUUCAGUGACCCUGAGGCCGCUGAGAAAACCAUCAAUAAUAUCGUGAGUGACAAAACAGAUCAGAAGAUACAGAACAUGGUCAGUAACUUGGAUUCAAAAACAUCGGUGGUCCUGGUAGAUUAUGCCGUCUUCCAAGGUAAAUGGAAAUCACAAUUCAACAGACAAAAUACAGAGAUGAUCGACUUCAUGCUGAACGAUGGGACAUCGGUGCCGGUGCCAAUGAUGAGCCGGUGGGGAUUGUACAAGACAUACAAGGACACAGCGAUGGAAUGCAAUGUGGUGGAAGUGCCGUACGCCGGAGACACAUCCCUCUUCAUCAUCCUCCCGCAAUUACAUUCUCUCAACCGCGUGGAAGAAACGCUGAGCGCCCAGAAGAUUAAACAAUACGUAGAGUCAGUGACAACCAGCUUUAUCCGGCUUCGCAUUCCCAGGGUGUCCUUCAAGCAUCCGGCCAAUCUGGGACAUGACCUGACGCUCAUGGGCAUGGAAAGCAUUUUCACAGAGAAGGCCGACUUCUUAAAGUUCUCAAAGGAUGAAAAGUUACACGUUUCAGACAUUUCCCACCAGUCUUAUAUCACCAUGGAAGAGGGAGAAACGGAGAUGAAUAGUGCAACCGAUGCCCAAUCAAACGUCUUGUUCCCGAGCCUCACCUUUAAUGUGGACCGUCCAUACAUCAUGCUGAUCUACCACAAAGUUACCAAAACCCUUCUCGGGAUGGGCCGCGUCAUGAACCCGGCUUGGCAAGAUCGCCAGCAGAAGGGAAACGGAGAAAUGUGAUGAAGCAGAAAUAAAAAUGAAACCGUUGCGCUCAUAAUAAAGCGAAUGUGCCCAAC